GUGAUGUCUAGUGUGUAACGCGCGCGCGCCUGUGCAGAAGCGACGGGCAGCACGCUCCGUAUCGCUGACCUUGGUGCUGAAAGCGGUGCCGUGCAGCAGAUAAGAUAAACCGGAAACUUCCAUUCCAGCCCUUUAUUUGAUCGCUCUUUGUAUUUGUCGUCUGUGUAGAUUUCCAUUGGUUAGAUUUUUUCCACCAAACUUUUUUUUCCAGCCUUCUAAAAGCCAGUCGUGGGUUUGACGUGAACAUCAAAUGUAUUGGCUCACACCGAGAUGGCACUGAAAACGCUCACGGUGCGUAAGAAGAGCGAGUUUAUCAUUCCGAACAGACAGAGCCUCACUACUUCUGAUUUGUCCUGUCAUAUAUAGGUGUUUUUCUCUUUUUUUGCUACUUUUUUUUUGUCUGAGGAACGACGUCGUGUUUCUUUAGCUCUCUGUCCGACUUAAUCACAGAUCUGCUGGGUGUCUGUCCGGUAUGCCCGACCAGCUCGUCCGUGACAUGAUACUUUAACACUAACGAAAAGAAAACGAGGGAUUAUCAUAUUUGGACAUGGAUACUCCGAAGGAGCCCGGUUUUGUGCCCAGCAAAGAGGGUUUCAAGCAACUAGCAGGGAAGACGCUGGGUCAUGUGUACAAGGUGUUGGAGAAGAGGCAGAAACCUGGGGAAAAUAUUGAAUUAACGGAAGAUGGCCGACCGGCGCAGAGCAGUGAGAGGAAGGCGCCCUUAUGUGACUGCACGUGCUUCGGCCUCCCGCGCCGCUACAUCAUCGCCAUCAUGAGCGGCCUCGGCUUUUGCAUCUCUUUCGGGAUUCGGUGCAAUUUGGGCGUGGCCAUCGUGAGCAUGGUGAACAACAGCACCAUUCACCAGAAUGGCAAAAUCAUCAUCAAAGAGAAAGCCAAGUUUAACUGGGACCCGGAGACAGUGGGAAUGAUCCACGGCUCAUUUUUCUGGGGUUAUAUAGUGACCCAAAUCCCAGGAGGAUACAUAUCAUCGCGAUUAGCAGCGAACAGAGUGUUCGGGGCGGCCAUCGUUCUCACCUCAACCCUCAACAUGUUCAUCCCUUCCGCUGCGCGCGUGCACUAUGGCUGCGUCAUAUUCGUCAGGAUAUUACAGGGUCUCGUGGAGGGAGUAACAUACCCAGCAUGCCAUGGGAUUUGGAGUAAAUGGGCCCCACCUCUGGAGAGGAGUCGCUUGGCCACCACCUCCUUUUGUGGAUCCUACGCUGGUGCAGUCGUGGCCAUGCCUCUGGCUGGAAUCCUGGUGCAGUACACUGGCUGGUCCUCUGUCUUCUAUGUCUAUGGAAGUUUUGGCCUUGUGUGGUACGUAUUCUGGAUUUUGGUGUCCUAUGAGAGUCCUGCUGAGCAUCCUACAAUCACGGACGAGGAGCGCUGCUACAUCGAGGAAAGCAUCGGAGAGAGCGCCAAGCUGCUGGGCCCUGCUGAGAAAUUCAAGACGCCCUGGAGGAAGUUCUUCACCUCAAUGCCUGUCUAUGCAAUCAUCGUGGCCAACUUCUGCAGAAGCUGGACCUUCUACUUGCUGCUCAUCAGCCAGCCAGCCUACUUCGAGGAAGUGUUUGGCUUUGAGAUCAGCAAGGUUGGCAUGUUGUCAGCCCUUCCUCAUCUGGUGAUGACCAUCAUCGUGCCCAUUGGAGGGCAGAUAGCGGAUUACCUGCGCAGUAAGAACCUCAUGUCUACGACCAAUGUCAGAAAGAUCAUGAAUUGUGGAGGCUUUGGUAUGGAGGCUACUUUGCUGCUAAUAGUGGGAUACUCUCACAGUAAAGGCGUGGCCAUCUCAUUCUUAGUGCUAGCUGUGGGCUUCAGUGGAUUUGCUAUAUCAGGCUUCAAUGUCAAUCACUUAGACAUUGCUCCGCGCUAUGCCAGUAUUCUAAUGGGCAUCUCAAAUGGAGUAGGGACACUGUCAGGCAUGGUGUGUCCACUGAUUGUUGGUGCUAUGACCAAAAAUAAGACCAGAGAAGAGUGGCAGUAUGUGUUCCUCAUUGCCUCGCUGGUACACUAUGGCGGUGUGAUCUUCUACGGCCUCUUCGCAUCGGGUGAGAAACAGCCAUGGGCUGAUCCAGAGCAGACCAGCGAAGAGAAGUGUGGCUUCAUCGAUGAGGACGAGUUGGCUGAGGAGACUGGAGACAUCACACAAAACUACGGAGCACUGGGUGCCCCAGCCAAGACGUAUGGAGCCACCUCGCAGAUGAAUGGAGGAUGGCCUGAUGGAUGGGAGAAAAGGGAAGAAUAUGUACAAGAAGGAGCAGAAGAAGGAGGAUACGGAUACAGGCAGGGCAGGGAGUACUCCUAGACAACACACACCCACAGCCACACAGACAAAGCACAUAAAUACAAUCACAUGCACACAUCCACAUGGUAGACGUAUUUUGUAGUGAUUGUGAGUUCUAAAAAAAAAAAAGAAGUGCAAAAUAAAUGAUAAAGAUGUAAAAUAAUACACAUUGUUGUAUGUUUGCACAAAGGAUAAAAUAUGAAAUAAUUCAAGCUGUUAAAAUAGAUAAAAAUAUAUACAUAUAUACAUAUAUGACUAAAAUUAUAGAAAGAUGUAAUACAUAUCAAAUUGGCAGGUUGUAAUUGUAAAUUGUCUAUGUAAAAAAAAAAAGAAAAAAGAAUAACAAGUGAAUAUAUUUCAAGUGCAAUCUUGUGUAAUGUUGUGAAAAUAAUAUUUGCACCUCAACAUUCUAUAGGAUUAGUUUAGUUGCAGGUGUUGAGAACCACCACACCUCAUAAUGGCUCGAAUAAGAAAUGCACAUAGAGCCAAACCAGCGACAGAAAACCCUGUAACCUGAACAAAUAUACUGGUCUUUCUCCGUUUCUUUUGCUGAUUGCACUUCGAGAAUCAUACUGUGUCACUGCACAAAACCAUGAGCCUGUUUUUUCCCAUGAUGUGUUAAUCUUUCAUUGUAGAUGGAGGUUUUUUCUGUGAGACUUAAGAGGAUGUGGGUCUUUGACACUGUAUUUAAGAGCACAGCAUUAAAAAAAAAAAAAAAGAAACACAGAUGUAAAAAGAACAAUCAUGAUUUCUUUGCCUGGUAGAUUUUUUUUUAGACGUUUUAGAGCUAAGAAAAUUUUGUGGCUUAGCGAAAUGCUUAGUGUAUUACAGAGGUUUGUCAAGUAGGAGCAAAAAAAAAAAAAGGAGCAAGGCACCCAGAGUGGCACAGUUGCAUUGCUACAAAGGCAAUGUCCAUUGACUUGUUUGAUAUUCUGUAAUAGCACAGUCAUCCACUGCCAGGAGAGCACAAUUGCACAAUUAAUUAUGACUUUAUUGCAUAAGAAUUAUGCAGUAACUAAAUUUGAAGCAAUAUUAGCUGUAUAUGUCCAUAUAUGUCAAUUUGGUCGCAUAUAUAGAUAUGGACUGAGUUUGCUGAAAAGUAUCUUAGCACAAUGAUCAUUGGUAUAUGAUCAAGUGAGCAUUGUACACUACCAUUAAUUGAAGUUAGUGCUCUCCUCCAAGCACAUAGCUGGGCUAUGAUGUUGCACAUGCUGUAGUCUUGUGUCUUGCUCUCAGGUCGUUAGCUUCCAUGUAAUAUUGAGACGCAGAUGGGGAUUAGUGAUGACUAAUGACACAACCACAAGGAAAGACACAAGGAAAAGCACAGUGUAGAAAAAAAAGAAGAAAGAAAAGCACAGAGUGUCCAAAAGACCCAAUCCUUGAGUCCCCUCUGUUUGUUGGAAUCCUAGAGUUAACACCAUGACCAUCUUGAUGUCUGUGGAUUGUAGUUAUGCAUGGAUGAGAACACUGUUUUUAGCUGUACUUCUUUUAGAACCACUUUCCCCUUUCUCCUUUAAGUUACUAAUGGGUUGAUUUCUUUGCACAGAUAACCAAAGGUAAUGUGUAGAGGUGGGUUUUAAUGGGGUUGGGUCUAAGGGUUCAAGGGAAAUCCCACAAAAUAAAGACUAAAAAAAAAAAUAGCGAUCUGCUUUAUAAACAACUGGAGCAGGUUCUAAACAUAUUCAAUGUACAAAGCAAUAAAUCCAUGGUAACAGUUAAUGUUUAUCCAGUAUGAACAACAACAAAAAAAAAAAUGUAUGUAACACAUUAGCACAUUUAACUGUAGUGACUUUUGUUUCAAAUUGUGUUUUUGUGAUGACAAUUUAAAAAGAAGAUCAAAUAUAAACUUAUUGUUAAAACAUGUAUAAAAAGAUUUAAAUAGAUUUAGCAGGAGUCCAGUGCAAAACUCUUUUACUCUUUGAUAAGGAGUGUUUGCGCUGGACCCACUCACCAGAAGAGAAUGAUUCUUACGUGCCACCUGCAACGAGUUACUGAGUGAAACUUUCACUACGGUUCUCUGUGGGUGGACACACCUCUGUAGUUGUCCUGUGUGGUUGCCAGUGGUUGCAUUUUUGCAAGUAUGUUGUUGUCAGAUGUUCCCCUCCCUCCCUUUCUCAGUCCCUCCCUGCCUUUAUUUGACCUCCCUCUUGUUUUUGGUCUGUGUUUUGUCAGUGGCUUGAGACCUUCUCCUCCUAUCCUUCUUCCUCUUGUAAAACCCACUACUGCUGCAAUAUUCAACAACGAAAGGGGUUGUUUGUAAAGGUAUUCAGAAAUGCACAAAUAUUACAGUUAUUAGCAGAGAAAUUAUGGUACCAUAUUCCUGUUUUGUGCCUCAGAGUAAAGUGUGGCUUCUUUUGCUGUGUUACCUGUAAAUUGAGAGUUUUGUUGAUGUCAAAAUGAAAUGCUCUAUAUAUCCUUUUUUAUAUAAAACCAUGAUAAAAAUUUUAUAA